AUUAGUAGAAGGGAGAGAAGCUAGACGGCAGCGAUGAAGCCCGCGGUGGAUGAGAUGUUUCCUGAGGGCGCGGGUCCUUAUGUGGAUCUCGACGAGGCUGGAGGAAGUACAGGUCUAUUGAUGGAUUUAGCAGCUAAUGAAAAGGCAGUACACGCAGACUUCUUUAACAGUUUUGAAGAUAUGUUUGAUGAUGAUGAUAUCCAGUGAAAAUCCUCUUCCACCAGGGCGGCGCUAAAACUUCUUGUAGGGCUGAAACUGAAUAUUGUGUCUGAGAUGUGAAAGAACACAUGACAGCGUGGCUAAAGAUGGAUGAAGAGGAGAACUGUGGAGCUGUUUUCCACUAGGAAAUGUGUAGAUGUCCAGUUUUGCAGGCUUGCUUCAAUAAAAUCUAGAGAGCAUCUCUUGUGUAUAGAUAUACAAUUGGCCAGAAGCUGUAGCAUUCUAAGAUAUGGAUUGGGGGGGUUUUGUUUCAGAGAUUGUUUACAUGGGUCACUUGGCAUUAUUAGGCAUUUGCUUCUGUUUAUUAAUGCAGAAAUGGUGGGGGAAGGGGGGAGUUUAUUUGUUUGCAGUUGACACUUGGAGGACCAGUGGAACUUACUUCCAAGUGCACUAACAAUCAACUUGAUCAUAGUUACACCGGAAUAUAUAGUUUUAGCACAAAAGCUGAUCAUUAUUUACACUCAGUUAGAAUCCUCAUUGUUUCAGACAAACACUGAUAGUAACUGAGUAGUCAGUGCAAUAUUAGAUGCAAUGUUGCUGUUUCAAGGAAUUCUCCUUACAUUCUACAACCUUACUUAUACAAAUGAUACAUGAUGGCCAAGUUCAGACUGGCAGUUUGCCCUGAUAUAGGCACGUUUCAGAAACGUUCCACAACCG